UCGGGGAAGAAAGACCGCUCCUUCCGCUUUGCUCUUGUCUGCAGUUCGGUGCUGGAACUUGGAGGAAAGGAAAGAUGGCGGAACCCGAACCUGAAAGAAAAAUACGGUUGGUCCCGGAAAACCUGCUUAAGAAAAGAAAGGCCUAUCUGGCAAUCAAAGCUACCCAGGCAAAGCAGGCUUUGCUGGAUAAGAGAAAGCAUCAGAAAGGAAAACAGAUCAAGUUCAAACGUCUUGAGGAGUUUGUUCAUGACUCUCAUCGGAAACUCAGAGACAACGUACGCCUGAAGCGCAUGGAACACAGGCCUAGACUGUUGCAAGUGCCCAAGGGACACAAGCUGACAUUCGCUGUACGGAUUGCUGACAUUAAAGGGGUGAGUCAUCAGGUUCUGCGUGUCAUACAGAGGCUGCGGUUGAGCAAGAUUUACAGUGGCACAUUUGUCAAGCUGUCGCCAGUAUCACUGAAAAUGCUACGGAUAGUGGAGCCUUAUGUGGCAUGGGGAUACCCCAACCUGAAAUCUAUUCGAGAGCUGAUACUGAAACGAGGCCAUGCCAAAAUCAAUAAGAAAAAGCUUGCUCUUACAGACAAUGUUCUGAUUGAACAGCAUCUGGGACAGUAUGGUAUCAUUUGUCUAGAAGAUCUUAUCCACGAAAUUUACUCAGCUGGGAAACAUUUUAAUGAAAUCAAUCAAUUUUUGUGGCCGUUCUACCUAUCAGUGGCUCGUUACGCUUCUCGUAACAGAUUGGGGUUCCGCAAGGAAAUUGGUGAUCCUGGAUUUCGAGGCGAUGGGAUCAACCAGCUCAUACGACUGUUGAACUAGACCCAAAAACUUUUUUUAUGGACACUGGGGAACAUCCUGCAAGAUUUGUACUCUAUGAUGUACAAAUGAUGUCCGUCAAAGAUUUUUGGAACUGUUCUUCAUGAUAUUUCAUCUGAGGCUAUGCAAGAUGUGAAUGCAAGUGAAAGAGCAGCUAAACAUCUUAAUUAAAUUGGAAGAUACCCAAGCUGUGACUUGAAAGUUGUCCUGUGCAUUAAAUUGGAAUGGCGGCUACUGAAGAAAAGGGCUCAGACAGGAGCAGCUUCAGUUGCAAGGCCUGCCUGCCUUUUCCCCUUGGUAACAUCUAUCUGUUACGUGGAAGCUUUGUCACCCUAAUAAUAGUUUUUGAGAACAUUUUCAGAAUAAAAUUUUUCACUCCUGUUGUGGAAAUGCUUGGCAUCUAAGUUAAGACUAAGUUAAGACUAUUCCUUGAAAUUAAUAAGGAAAUAUUGUUAAUGUGCUCAAUAAUGAGCACAAUAAAAUUUUCACCCUUGUCCCGUCUCUUUUCUCCCAGUCGGUGGUUGGCCUUGCCUUCUCCUUUAGACUCUUUGGCCAUCUCAUUUUCUUAAAGUAAUAGCCAGGCUCAUUCCAUUUCUUGAGUUACUUUGGUAUGCAAAGACUCUGAAAUCUUUUAAGUUUAAAUAUUUUGCGUUAAGAAGAAGUUUGUUAAUUUUCAUACGCAUUACAAACAUGGGAACUUGAUUUAGGAAAAGCAUUUAAUUUGUGCUUUCUUAUAUAAUAAAUCUAUGCUUUUCAUACUUUUGAAAUGUUGGUGGAAAACCAAAGGCAAUGGAACAUACUUCUGAGAGAACUGGUUUAAAUGGGUUGUUUAUAACUUGGAGGUGGGUACUGUUGGGAAAAGGAAACUAGUUCACCUUGAGCCAAGAGAAAUGUGGGGGAGGUGGUGUAAAUAUCCUAAUAAAUAAAACAACAAUAAGCUUU